AUGACAUCCGAUGCCAUAGAUCGACUAAAUCAGCCAGACGGUGGUGCUUCUGGCAUAGGAUGGCAACUCCUUCUCAGCUUGGGAGACCCUGCUAUAGGAGAAACCUCCAGCAGGAUCUCCCAAGCUGAGAAGUUCGACCGCAUUCGCGGUGAAAAGGAUCCAUCACAUAACGUUGAAGGCGUUGGAUUUGUCGAUUUGGAAGAAGUUAUUCGCAAAGAAUAUUCCUUCUAUAAGUUCGUCGUGGGCGACUUCAAUGCAAAAACGGGAUACCAGAAGAAGGAGAGCACAGGAUCGGGAGAUUUGGAUCAGGCCGGAUUAAGAAUGUUAACCGUCUUGUUGGGAUCUUAUCCGCCGGCACGACUUUCAUGGUAA